AUGGGUUCCAUUCAACUAAACCGUCAUGAUCAGGUGUAUGCAGCACCGCAGGCCCGCUGGGACCUUAAAUUCACCAUACGCAACCUCAACCUGUAUCGCCUCGAAGAUAAAAAACCCUUCAGACCUGACGACGAAAAAGGCGCCCGCGCUAGAAUCAAUCAAUUCUUCGAGGAGCAAACUCACGGCCUACUACCCAAGUCGUAUAGCUAUCAGGAUCUUCGUGAUUUUCUGGCUCUUGCGGAUAUCGGCAUGUUUGAUCAAAACAUGUCAACGUGUUUGAAUGAGCAGGAUAUGGCGAGGAUUGUGCUUCUCGAUGAGAGAAUGGAUGAUCAAUCAUCUAUGUCGAGGCAGUGGAAGGAGUAUGAGCAGUAUCCGCCUAGAGGCACGGCUGAGUGUACGACUGUGCUGAACUCUAGAGAUUGCUAUGAGAAACUCAUUCAGACUCGAGAACAUCUUGGAAGGUCCUCUCCGGAGCGACGAAGCAUUUACAUUCAAGAUCUAUCACCUUCAUGUGCAGCUGGUCUUAUUCUCGCAGUCUCCCGCAGAUAUGCUGUUUUUCUGCGCGACUUCCUCUCCCGAUAUAUGACAAAUCGGGUCUAUUUUGGAGUAACAAUGGACUACCCUAUACAACCACCAAGCCCAUACGCAUUGGAAUUUCACAUCCCCUAUUUCGCCCUACGAAAAUCGUUCAGCACAUCGGAAAAACUACACAGCAACAUCGUUGGCCGACGAUCCGGCGUAUUUGCUGACAGUUUUACCCGCAACUGCGAACCUGGACAGAAAGAAUUCUUCCACGAGGCACAGGUCUCGGUACUGUUGGUCGGGAUAGACGAGUGGGUGUGGACGCUUUACUGUCUUGUCGAGAGCCAGUUUGAGGGUUCGCGCGACCCGGCCGAGCUUGAAAAAUACGUUAUUAAUAUGAGAGAUGCGCCGUCUGGGAACUACGCCUCGUAUAAAAUGCCUAUUUGGAAUCCGCGGGAGUAUUUCUUGUUGGUGUUGUGUAGGCGAAUGGAUCAGGCGACGUUGGAGUGGCUGAAUUUGGUAGAGACUCUAGAUCAGCGAUUGAAGGAUCUGGAAAAUGACACCUUUGUCAAACCCUCGGCAGAGUCCUUUGCCGGACACAAUUCGGACAUAUCACGCAUCAACGACUAUACCUGGGCAAUCCAAGUAUUACAACUUUUCACAAACACACUAAUCAAAACGAUUGAGUCAUGGCAGGUAUUCAGCCAAAUCCAUCUCCCCAUGUUUCUGCCCGGUGACGGCGAACCCGAAUACUCGUCCACGGUCCCCAGCUAUCUGCAGCGACUUGAUAGGGACGUUUCUGAGCUGCGCUACUUUCAUACUUUGCUUGGGCAGCGCAUUGCCGCCUUUGAGAGUCGAAGGAGUAUGAUCCUUAAUACCUCAGCUCUAGUGGAAACCAGAAUAUCAAAUACACAAGCGGCGGAUAUCGGGUUGUUGACCAAAGUGACAGUGGUUUAUCUCCCCUUGGGCCUUGUAACUGCUUUGUUCAGCAUGAGCUUCAUGCAGAUUGUCGGAUCUUUCAUUCAAUCUGCAAUUGAUUUACUCUGCUUUGUCAUGGAUCAGCCGCAAAAUCAGGAUGAUGCGGCGAACAGACAAUGA